AGCUUCCCAUUGCGGGUAGCCCGGGCGGUGGUAGCGGUGGUGGCGGCGGCAGUGGCGGCACCGCCUCCUCCUCACACUCCCGGGGUGGCGGGGUUAGAUGAGCGGCCCCAGUAGCGGCGAGGGCGGCGCGGGGGGGAGGAGGAGAAGAAGGAGGAGGAGAAGGAGGUCGCUGUCUUUGUAGUCUCCCUGCUGCGGGAGCCAGAGGCCGCCGCCGGAGCAGUCGUCGUUGGAAAAGGGCUGUGUGUGCGCGCGCGUGUCUGCCCGCCUGGCCCGCGGGGACGAGGCGGCGGCGGCGGCGGCGAGGAUGAUGAUGUGCGCAGCGACUGCCUCCCCCGCCGCCGCCUCCUCGGGGCUUGGCGGGGACGGAUUCUACCCAGCCGCCACCUUCUCUUCCUCCCCGGCGCCGGGGGCGCUGUUCAUGCCGGUUCCCGACGGCUCCGUGGCUGCGGCAGGGCUGGGGUUGGGGCUACCCGCCGCGGACUCCCGGGGUCACUACCAGCUGCUGCUGUCAGGCCGGGCCCUGGCCGACCGCUACCGGAGGAUUUAUACAGCUGCGCUCAAUGACAGGGACCAGGGGGGCGGCAGCGCUGGACACCCAGCCUCCAGGAAUAAGAAAAUAUUAAAUAAGAAGAAAUUGAAAAGAAAACAGAAGAGCAAGUCAAAAGUGAAGACAAGAAGCAAGUCUGAAAACUUGGAGAAUACAGUAAUCAUACCAGAUAUCAAACUACAUAGCAAUCCUUCUGCUUUCAAUAUUUACUGUAAUGUACGCCAUUGCGUUCUGGAAUGGCAGAAAAAGGAAAUAUCGUUGGCAGCUGCAUCUAAGAACUCUGUGCAGAGUGGAGAAUCAGAUAGUGAUGAAGAAGAGGAAUCCAAAGAGCCCCCUAUCAAGCUUCCAAAGAUUAUUGAGGUUGGCCUUUGUGAAGUUUUUGAAUUGAUCAAGGAGACACGAUUUUCUCACCCAUCCCUGUGUCUCAGGAGUCUUCAAGCCCUGCUCAACGUGCUGCAGGGCCAGCAGCCAGAAGGCCUCCAGUCUGAGCCACCCGAGGUCCUAGAGUCUCUCUUCCAGCUUCUUUUGGAAAUCACUGUUCGAAGUACUGGGAUGAAUGAUAGCACGGGACAGUCCUUAACAGCACUUUCCUGCGCUUGCCUCUUUAGUCUGGUGGCUUCUUGGGGAGAAACAGGAAGGACACUUCAGGCCAUCUCUGCUAUCCUCACCAACAAUGGAAGCCAUGCUUGCCAAACUAUUCAGGUGCCAACAAUUCUAAAUUCGCUACAGAGAAGUGUACAAGCAGUUUUGGUGGGGAAAAUUCAAAUUCAGGACUGGUUUAGUAAUGGCAUUAAGAAAGCAGCUUUAAUGCACAAGUGGCCAUUAAAAGAAAUAUCUGUUGAUGAAGAUGACCAAUGUCUACUUCAGAAUGAUGGAUUUUUUCUUUAUCUGUUAUGCAAGGAUGGAUUAUAUAAAAUAGGCUCUGGAUACAGUGGAACAGUUAGGGGCCAUAUUUACAAUUCUACAUCCCGUAUUAGAAACAGAAAAGAAAAAAAGUCUUGGUUAGGGUAUGCUCAGGGUUAUUUAUUAUAUAGAGAUGUGAAUAACCACAGCAUGACAGCCAUAAGGAUAAGCCCUGAAACACUGGAGCAAGAUGGUACUGUAAUGUUACCAGAUUGCCACACUGAAGGUCAAAAUAUUUUAUUCACUGAUGGAGAAUAUAUUAAUCAGAUAGCUGCUUCAAGAGAUGAUGGCUUUGUUGUCAGAAUAUUUGCCACAAGCACUGAACCUGUUCUGCAGCAAGAAUUGCAACUUAAACUGGCUAGAAAAUGCUUACACGCCUGUGGUAUCUCACUAUUCGAUCUGGAAAAGGACUUGCAUAUUAUAAGUACAGGAUUUGAUGAGGAGUCAGCAAUUCUUGGUGCAGGACGAGAGUUUGCGCUAAUGAAAACAGCAAAUGGAAAGAUAUAUUACACUGGCAAAUACCAGAGUCUUGGAAUCAAACAAGGUGGUCCUUCAGCAGGAAAAUGGGUUGAGCUGCCAAUUACAAAAUCUCCAAAGAUAGUACACUUCUCAGUUGGACACGAUGGCUCUCACGCCCUUUUAGUUGCAGAAGAUGGGAGCAUAUUCUUUACAGGAUCUGCUAGUAAAGGAGAAGAUGGAGAAUCAACUAAGAGCAGACGGCAAUCCAAACCUUAUAAACCUAAAAAGAUAAUUAAGAUGGAAGGAAAGAUUGUGGUGUAUACAGCCUGCAAUAAUGGAAGUAGUUCUGUUAUUUCUAAAGAUGGAGAACUCUACAUGUUUGGAAAAGAUGCCAUUUACUCUGAUAGUUCAAGUUUGGUAACUGAUUUGAAGGGCCAUUUUGUAACUCAGGUAGCUAUGGGCAAAGCUCACACUUGUGUUUUAAUGAAGAACGGAGAAGUGUGGACAUUUGGUGUAAAUAAUAAAGGACAGUGUGGACGAGACACUGGUGCCAUGAACCAAGGUGGGAAAGGGUUUGGAGUUGAAAAUAUGGCAACAGCAAUGGAUGAAGACCUGGAAGAAGAACUAGAUGAAAAAGAUGAGAAGUCUAUGAUGUGCCCUCCAGGCAUGCACAAAUGGAAGCUGGAGCAGUGCAUGGUUUGCACUGUCUGUGGAGACUGUACAGGUUAUGGAGCCAGCUGUGUCAGUAGUGGACGGCCAGACAGAGUCCCUGGAGGGAUCUGUGGUUGUGGUUCCGGAGAAUCUGGUUGUGCUGUGUGUGGAUGUUGCAAGGCCUGUGCAAGAGAGUUAGAUGGUCAAGAGGCAAGACAAAGAGGAAUUCUUGAUGCAGUGAAAGAAAUGAUACCUUUAGAUCUUCUUUUAGCUGUCCCAGUGCCCGGGGUUAACAUUGAAGAACACCUUCAGUUACGACAAGAAGAAAAACGGCAACGUGUAAUCAGAAGGCACAGAUUAGAGGAAGGAAGAGGCCCCCUUGUAUUUGCUGGUCCUAUUUUUAUGAACCAUCGAGAACAGGCUCUAGCCAGACUCAGAUCCCAUCCAGCACAGCUAAAGCAUAAACGGGACAAGCACAAAGAUGGAAGUGGAGAAAGAGGCGAAAAGGAUGCAAGCAAAAUCACAACGUACCCUCCAGGCUCUGUGCGAUUUGACUGUGAGCUCCGGGCAGUCCAAGUCAGCUGUGGAUUUCACCAUUCAGUGGUUUUAAUGGAAAAUGGAGAUGUCUAUACAUUUGGUUAUGGGCAGCAUGGGCAGCUAGGACAUGGCGAUGUCAACUCCAGGGGAUGUCCCACUCUUGUUCAAGCAUUGCCAGGUCCUAGCACACAAGUCACUGCAGGCAGCAACCAUACGGCAGUACUUUUAAUGGAUGGACAGGUCUUCACAUUUGGAAGUUUUUCUAAAGGACAACUGGGCAGACCAAUUUUGGAUGUGCCAUAUUGGAAUGCAAAGCCAGCUCCCAUGCCUAACAUUGGAUCAAAAUAUGGAAGAAAAGCUACUUGGAUAGGUGCAAGUGGGGACCAGACUUUUUUACGAAUUGAUGAAGCACUUAUUAAUUCUCAUGUACUUGCUACAUCAGAAAUUUUUGCCAGUAAACACAUAAUAGGCUUGGUACCUGCUUCUAUAUCAGAACCUCCUCCAUUUAAAUGCCUUCUGAUAAAUAAAGUGGAUGGGAGUUGUAAAACUUUUAAUGACUCAGAACAAGAGGAUCUGCAAGGAUUUGGUGUGUGUCUUGAUCCUGUAUAUGAUGUAAUUUGGAGGUUUCGACCAAAUACUAGAGAGCUGUGGUGUUACAAUGCAGUGGUUGCUGAUGCCAGGCUUCCCUCUGCAGCAGACAUGCAGUCCAGAUGUAGUAUUCUAAGUCCUGAACUUGCCUUGCCAACGGGAUCAAGGGCCCUCACUACCCGAUCUCAUGCAGCUUUGCACAUUUUAGGUUGUCUUGAUACCUUGGCAGCUAUGCAGGACUUAAAAAUGGGUGUUGCAAGUACAGAGGAAGAGACUCAAGCAGUAAUGAAGGUUUAUUCUAAAGAAGAUUAUAGUGUGGUAAACCGGUUUGAAAGUCAUGGAGGAGGCUGGGGUUAUUCUGCUCAUUCAGUAGAAGCUAUACGUUUCAGUGCCGACACUGAUAUUUUACUUGGUGGUCUUGGUCUGUUUGGAGGUAGAGGAGAAUAUACUGCUAAAAUUAAGCUGUUUGAAUUGGGUCCUGAUGGAGGAGAUCAUGAAACUGAUGGUGACCUUCUUGCAGAGACUGAUGUAUUGGCUUAUGACUGUGCUGCUAGAGAAAAAUACGCAAUGAUGUUUGAUGAGCCUGUUCUCCUGCAAGCUGGUUGGUGGUAUGUAGCAUGGGCCCGAGUGUCAGGACCCAGCAGUGACUGUGGAUCUCAUGGACAGGCGUCUAUUACCACAGAUGAUGGGGUUGUUUUCCAGUUCAAGAGUUCAAAGAAAUCAAAUAACGGUACAGAUGUUAAUGCUGGUCAGAUACCUCAGUUAUUGUACAGACUUCCAACCAGUGAUGGCAGUGCUUCGAAAGGCAAACAGCAAACCAGUGAACCUGUACACAUUUUAAAGAGGUCUUUUGCAAGAACUGUCUCAGUGGAAUGUUUUGAGUCAUUGUUGAGUAUUCUUCACUGGAGCUGGACCACCUUAGUCUUAGGAGUUGAAGAACUUCGAGGAUUAAAAGGAUUCCAGUUCACAGCUACACUUCUAGAUUUAGAGAGACUGCGCUUUGUGGGUACCUGUUGUCUGAGGUUGUUGCGUGUCUAUACCUGUGAAAUUUACCCAGUGUCAGCUACAGGAAAAGCAGUUGUAGAAGAAACUAGCAAAUUAGCAGAGUGUAUUGGAAAAACCAGAACUUUAUUAAGAAAAAUUUUAUCAGAAGGAGUUGAUCACUGCAUGGUGAAAUUGGAUAAUGAUCCUCAAGGAUAUCUCAGUCAACCCCUGAGUCUCCUAGAAGCUGUCCUUCAGGAGUGUCAUAAUACUUUCACUGCCUGCUUUCAUUCUUUCUACCCAACUCCUGCCUUACAGUGGGCUUGCCUUUGUGAUCUGCUGAAUUGUUUGGAUCAGGAUAUCCAAGAAGCCAACUUCAAGACAUCAAGUAGCCGACUCCUAGCAGCUGUUAUGUCAGCUCUGUGUCACACAUCUGUUAAGCUGACUUCCAUCUUCCCGAUUGCGUAUGAUGGAGAAGUAUUACUACGAUCAAUUGUUAAACAAGUUAGCACAGAGAAUGACUCAACACUAGUUCAUCGUUUUCCCCUUUUGGUGGCACAUAUGGAAAAACUUAGCCAGAGUGAAGAGAAUAUCUCAGGGAUGACAAGCUUCCGUGAAGUUCUGGAGAAAAUGCUGGUCAUUGUUGUGCUACCAGUCAGGAACAGCCUGAGGAGAGAAAACGAACUCUUCUCUUCCCACCUCGUCUCGAACACCUGUGGAUUACUGGCCAGCAUUGUCAGUGAACUGACAGCAUCAGCCCUGGGAUCUGAGGUUGAUGGACUUAAUUCUCUUCACUCUGUAAAAGCUAGUGCUAACCGAUUUACAAAAACAAGUCAGGGCAGAAGUUGGAACACUGGGAAUGGGUCCCCUGAUGCAAUCUGUUUUUCAGUAGACAAACCUGGAAUAGUUGUGGUUGGUUUCUCUGUCUAUGGAGGAGGUGGAAUUCAUGAAUAUGAAUUAGAGGUCUUGGUUGAUGAUAGUGAACAUGCAGGAGAUUCAACUCAUUCCCACAGAUGGACAUCUCUGGAGUUAGUGAAAGGAACUUACACAACAGAUGACUCACCCAGUGAUAUAGCUGAAAUAAGACUUGACAAAGUGGUUCCUUUAAAGGAAAAUGUUAAAUAUGCUGUGCGCUUGAGGAACUAUGGAAGCCGUACAGCCAAUGGAGAUGGAGGAAUGACCACAGUUCAGUGCCCUGAUGGUGUGACGUUCACAUUCAGCACGUGCAGCUUGAGCAGUAAUGGCACAAACCAAACCAGAGGACAGAUCCCACAGAUACUCUACUAUAGGAGUGAAUUCGAUGGAGAUUUACAAUCCCAACUUCUGAGUAAAGCCAAUGAAGAAGAUAAAAACUGUAGCAGAGCACUGUCUGUUGUAAGCACUGUCGUUCGAGCCUCUAAGGACCUCCUGCACAGAGCUCUUGCUGUGGAUGCUGACGACAUUCCAGAACUGCUGAGUUCUUCUAGUCUGUUUUCCAUGCUGCUCCCCCUUAUUAUAGCCUACAUAGGACCAGUAGCUGCUGCUAUUCCCAAGGUGGCUGUAGAAGUCUUUGGCCUUGUCCAACAAUUGCUUCCGUCAGUUGCCAUUUUGAAUCAGAAGUAUGCACCCCCUGCCUUCAACCCUAAUCAGUCGACAGAUAGCACCACAGGAAACCAGCCUGAACAGGGCCUCUCUGCUUGUACAACCUCCAAUCACUAUGCUGUCAUAGAGAGUGAGCACCCGUAUAAACCUGCCUGUGUGAUGCACUACAAGGUGACAUUCCCAGAAUGUGUGAGGUGGAUGACAAUCGAAUUUGACCCUCAGUGUGGUACUGCACAGUCAGAAGAUGUCCUUCGUUUGUUGAUUCCUGUCAGAACUUUUCAGAAUUCAGGAUAUGGACCAAAAUUGACAUCUGUUCAUGAAAAUCUUAAUUCAUGGAUAGAAUUAAAGAAAUUUUCAGGAUCCUCUGGGUGGCCUACUAUGGUUUUGGUGUUGCCAGGAAAUGAGGCCCUUUUUUCACUGGAGACCGCAUCAGAUUAUGUAAAAGAUGACAAAGCUUCUUUCUAUGGUUUUAAGUGUUUUGCAAUUGGAUAUGAAUUUAGCCCUGGACCUGAUGAGGGAGUCAUCCAGUUGGAAAAAGAAUUAGCCAAUCUUGGUGGGGUUUGUGCGGCAGCUCUGAUGAAGAAGGACCUAGCACUGCCUAUUGGUAAUGAAUUAGAGGAAGACCUUGAAAUUCUUGAAGAGGCUGCAUUGCAGGUGUGCAAAACCCAUUCUGGAAUUCUUGGAAAGGGUCUUGCUCUUUCUCAUUCACCAACUAUAUUAGAAGCACUUGAGGGAAAUUUACCACUCCAAAUCCAAAGCAAUGAACAGUCUUUUCUGGAUGAUUUUAUUGCCUGUGUCCCAGGAUCAAGUGGUGGAAGGCUUGCAAGGUGGCUUCAGCCAGAUUCAUAUGCUGAUCCUCAGAAAACAUCUUUGAUCCUGAAUAAGGAUGAUAUUCGUUGUGGUUGGCCUACCACCAUAACUGUUCAAACAAAAGACCAGUAUGGGGAUGUGGUACAUGUUCCCAAUAUGAAGGUGGAAGUGAAAGCUGUCCCUGUUUCUCAGAAAAAAACAUCUUUACAACAAGAUCAAGCAAAGAAACCUCAAAGGAUUCCUGGCAGUCCUGCAGUAACAGCUGCAUCUUCUAAUACUGACAUGACUUUUGGAGGACUGGCAUCACCAAAGCUAGAUGUUUCAUAUGAACCAAUGAUAGUGAAGGAAGCUCGAUACAUUGCCAUAACAAUGAUGAAGGUUUAUGAAAAUUAUUCAUUUGAAGAACUACGUUUUGCAUCACCAACUCCUAAGAGACCCAGUGAGAAUAUGCUGAUCCGUGUCAAUAAUGAUGGGACUUAUUGUGCAAAUUGGACUCCGGGGGCUAUUGGACUCUACACUAUUCAUGUUACCAUUGAUGGCAUUGAAAUCGAUGCUGGUCUGGAAGUAAAAGUAAAAGACCCACCAAAAGGGAUGAUACCACCAGGAACUCAGCUGGUCAAACCAAAGACUGAACCUCAGCCUAAUAAGGUUCGAAAAUUUGUGGCCAAGGACAGCGCAGGGCUUCGCAUUCGUAGCCACCCUUCCCUUCAGAGUGAGCAGAUAGGCAUAGUGAAAGUCAAUGGAACUAUCACUUUUAUUGAUGAGAUCCAUAAUGAUGAUGGUGUGUGGCUGAGGCUGAAUGAUGAGACAAUAAAGAAGUAUGUCCCUAACAUGAAUGGUUACACUGAAGCCUGGUGCCUCUCUUUUAAUCAACAUCUUGGCAAAAGUCUUCUGGUCCCUGUUGACAAUAUCUUUAAUGCUAGCCAAGGAGUCAGGGAUUUGGACGUAUUUUCAUGGACUUCCAAAGCUUUUUUCCCCCAGGAAUCUAAAACUAAUACUGAUGACUUUUUCAAAGACAUAAACUCCUGCUGCCCACAGGAAGCAACAAUGCAAGAACAAGAUAUGCCAUUCUUGCGAGGAGGGCCAGGCAUGUACAAGGUAGUGAAGACGGGACCUUCAGGUCACAACAUCAGAAGCUGCCCUAACCUUAGAGGUAUCCCAAUUGGAAUGUUAGUUCUGGGAAACAAAGUCAAAGCAGUGGGAGAGGUAACCAAUUCUGAAGGGACAUGGGUGCAACUGGAUCAGAACAGCAUGGUAGAGUUCUGUGAGAGUGAUGAAGGAGAGGCAUGGUCCUUAGCUAGAGACAGAGGCGGAAACCAGUACCUCCGACAUGAAGAUGAACAAGUUCUUCUGGAUCAGAAUUCUCAAACUCCUCCUCCAAGCCCUUUCUCAGUGCAAGCUUUUAAUAAAGGGGCAAGUUGCAGUGCCCAAGGAUUUGAUUAUGGACUCGGAAAUAACAAAGUUUUGACUGUUUUACCCACUGCAGGUGACCAACUGAGUGCCAUAUUGAAUUCCAUUCAGUCACGACCCAAUCUCCCAGCUCCUUCCAUCUUUGAUCAAGCUGCAAAACCUCCCUCUUCCCUAGUACACAGCCCAUUUGUGUUCGGACAGCCCCUUUCCUUCCAGCAGCCUCAGCUUCAGAGUGAUCGAGGAAACAUCUCAGCAUCUUCUAGACCAGCUUCUACAUCAGGAAAAUCAGAGCUGUCCUCUAAACACAGCAGAUCACUUAAACCUGAUGGACAUAUGAGCCGGACUACUGCUGAUCAGAAGAAGCCAAGGGGCACAGACAGUUUAUCUGCUAGUGAAUCCCUCAUCUUAAAAUCUGAUGCUGCAAAGUUGAGGUCAGAUUCCCAUAGUAGGUCAUUGUCCCCCAACCAUAACACCUUGCAGACAUUGAAAUCUGAUGGGAGGAUGCCUUCUAGCUCCAGAGCUGAAUCCCCAGGACCAGGUUCUCGGUUGUCAUCUCCUAAGCCAAAGACUCUCCCAGCCAAUAGGUCUAGCCCAUCGGGUGCUAGUUCUCCACGCUCCUCCUCACCACAAGAUAAAAAUCUACCUCAAAAAAGUACUGCUCCUGUUAAGACAAAACUUGAUCCUCCUCGGGAACGUUCCAAAUCAGACUCUUACACACUUGAUCCAGAUACCCUCCGCAAGAAGAAAAUGCCCCUCACAGAACCUUUGAGGGGACGGUCAACGUCACCAAAACCAAAAUCAGUACCAAAGGAUUCUACGGAUUCCCCAGGAUCUGAAAAUAGAGCUCCCUCUCCCCAUGUGGUACAGGAAAACCUCCACAGUGAGGUGGUCGAAGUCUGCACCUCAAGUACUUUAAAAACAAAUAGUCUAACAGACAGCACCUGUGACGACAGCAGUGAAUUUAAGAGUGUGGAUGAAGGUUCAAAUAAAGUUCAUUUUAGCAUUGGAAAAGCACCACUGAAAGAUGAACAGGAAAUGAGAGCAUCCCCCAAAAUAAGUCGAAAAUGUGCUAAUAGACACACCAGGCCCAAAAAAGAAAAAUCGAGUUUUCUUUUCAAAGGAGAUGGAUCCAAGCCUUUAGAGCCAGCCAAGCAAGCCAUGUCUCCUUCUGUGGCCGAAUGUGCCAGAGCUGUGUUUGCUUCCUUCCUCUGGCAUGAAGGCAUAGUACAUGAUGCAAUGGCUUGUUCUUCUUUCCUCAAGUUUCAUCCUGAGCUUUCCAAAGAACAUGCUCCUAUAAGGAGUAGUUUAAAUAGCCAACAGCCUACAGAGGAAAAAGAAACCAAGUUAAAAAAUAGACAUUCAUUGGAAAUAUCAUCUGCACUGAAUAUGUUUAAUAUUGCACCCCAUGGACCAGAUAUAUCUAAGAUGGGUAGCAUCAACAAAAACAAGGUAUUGUCUAUGCUUAAGGAACCACCUCUGCAUGAAAAGUGCGAGGAUGGGAAAACUGAGACCACUUUUGAAAUGUCCAUGCAUCACACAAUGAAGUCUAAAUCUCCUCUUCCCUUAACUUUACAACAUUUAGUGGCUUUUUGGGAAGACAUCUCUUUGGCUACUAUCAAAGCUGCUUCCCAGAAUAUGAUUUUUCCAAGUCCUGGUUCCUGUGCAGUUCUUAAAAAGAAAGAGUGUGAGAAAGAGAAUAAGAAGGCCAAAAAGGAAAAAAAGAAAAAAGAAAAGGCAGAAGUGAGGCCCAGGGGUAAUUUAUUUGGAGAGAUGGCCCAGCUGGCAGUAGGAGGACCAGAGAAAGAUACCAUCUGCGAACUGUGUGGGGAGUCACAUCCGUACCCAGUGACCUAUCACAUGAGACAAGCUCACCCAGGUUGUGGCCGAUAUGCUGGUGGACAAGGUUACAAUAGCAUUGGGCAUUUUUGUGGAGGAUGGGCUGGUAACUGUGGUGAUGGUGGCAUAGGAGGAAGCACUUGGUAUCUGGUAUGUGAUCGCUGUAGAGAAAAAUACCUCCGUGAAAAACAGGCUGCUGCAAGGGAAAAGGUCAAACAAUCUAGGAGAAAACCAAUGCAAGUCAAGACCCCUCGUGCCUUGCCCACCAUGGAAGCUCACCAGGUGAUUAAAGCCAAUGCACUCUUCCUGCUGUCCCUGAGCAGUGCAGCCGAACCGAGCAUUCUGUGUUACCAUCCUGCAAAGCCAUUCCAGUCUCAGUUGCCCAGCGUGAAAGAAGGCAUUUCUGAGGAUCUUCCUGUGAAAAUGCCUUGUCUCUACCUUCAGACAUUAGCUAGGCAUCAUCAUGAAAAUUUUGUGGGCUAUCAAGAUGACAACCUAUUCCAGGAUGAAAUGAGAUACCUACGUUCAACAUCUGUACCUGCCCCAUAUAUAUCAGUAACUCCUGAUGCAAGUCCUAACGUAUUUGAAGAGCCAGAGAGCAAUAUGAAGUCUAUGCCACCAAGUUUAGAAACCAGUCCCAUAACUGAUACUGAUCUUGCAAAGAGAACUGUCUUCCAAAGAUCAUACUCAGUUGUUGCUUCCGAGUAUGAUAAACAACACUCCAUUUUACCUGCACGAGUUAAAGCCAUUCCUAGAAGAAGAGUUAACAGUGGAGACACUGAAGUUGGUUCUUCCCUUUUGAGACAUCCGUCUCCUGAGCUUUCUCGGCUAAUCUCAGCCCACAGCUCUCUUUCUAAAGGAGAACGAAAUUUCCAGUGGCCAGUUUUAGCUUUUGUUAUACAACAUCAUGAUCUAGAAGGUCUUGAAAUAGCAAUGAAACAGGCCCUAAGAAAAUCUGCUUGUCGAGUUUUUGCUAUGGAGGCUUUCAACUGGCUUCUGUGUAAUGUCAUCCAAACCACUUCUCUCCAUGAUAUUCUGUGGCAUUUUGUGGCAUCACUGACUCCUGCACCAGUGGAACCAGAGGAAGAAGAGGAUGAAGAAAAUAAAACAAACAAAGAAAGUUCAGAACAAGAGAAAGAUACAAGAGUAUGUGAACAUCCACUCUCGGACAUAGUGAUAGCCGGGGAAGCUGCUCAUCCUUUACCACACACCUUUCACCGCUUGCUGCAGACCAUCUCAGACCUUAUGAUGUCUCUCCCCAGUGGCAGUUCAUUACAGCAGAUGGCCCUGAGGUGCUGGAGUCUCAAAUUCAAGCAGUCUGAUCACCAGUUCCUUCAUCAGAGCAACGUCUUUCAUCACAUUAACAAUAUUUUGUCAAAAUCAGAUGAUGGUGAUAGUGAAGAGAGUUUUAGCAUCAGUAUACAAUCUGGCUUUGAAGCUAUGAGUCAGGAAUUAUGCAUAGUAAUGUGCUUAAAGGACUUAACCAGCAUUGUUGACAUAAAAACUUCAAGCCGACCUGCCAUGAUUGGCAGCUUGACAGACGGCUCCACAGAAACCUUUUGGGAAUCAGGAGAUGAAGAUAAAAACAAAACUAAGAACAUCACCAUCAACUGUGUAAAAGGAAUCAAUGCCCGCUAUGUGUCCGUUCACGUGGACAAUUCUCGAGAUCUUGGGAAUAAAGUUACCUCAAUGACCUUCUUAACUGGCAAAGCAGUAGAAGAUUUGUGCAGAAUAAAGCAGGUUGAUCUGGAUUCCAGGCACAUUGGCUGGGUAACAAGUGAACUUCCAGGAGGAGAUAAUCACAUCAUCAAAAUUGAAUUAAAAGGCCCAGAAAAUACACUCAGAGUUCGACAAGUCAAAGUCCUCGGCUGGAAAGAUGGUGAAAGCACAAAAAUAGCUGGCCAAAUUUCAGCCAGUGUGGCCCAGCAGAGGAACUGUGAAGCUGAGACUCUGCGAGUAUUCAGACUGAUUACGUCUCAAGUAUUUGGAAAGCUCAUCUCUGGAGAUGCUGAACCUACACCAGAGCAAGAGGAAAAAGCGCUAUUGUCAUCACCUGAAGGAGAAGAAAAAGUAUACAAUGCAACAUCAGAUGCUGACCUGAAAGAACAUAUGGUUGGAAUCAUAUUUAGCAGGAGUAAGCUGACUAACUUACAAAAACAGGUGUGUGCUCAUAUUGUCCAAGCUAUUCGCAUGGAAGCUACCAGAGUCCGUGAAGAAUGGGAACAUGCUAUAUCAAGCAAAGAAAAUGCCAAUUCUCAGCCAAAUGAUGAAGAUGCCUCCUCUGAUGCCUACUGCUUUGAGCUGCUCUCUAUGGUUUUAGCACUGAGUGGCUCUAACGUUGGCCGGCAGUAUCUGGCUCAACAGCUAACUCUGCUUCAGGAUCUCUUCUCGCUGCUUCACACAGCCUCUCCUAGAGUCCAGAGACAGGUAACCUCUUUACUAAGAAGAGUUUUGCCUGAAGUAACCCCUAAUCGUCUGGCCAGCAUCAUAGGAGUGAAAUCCCUCCCCCCAGCAGAUAUCAGUGAUAUCAUUCACUCAACAGAGAAAGGAGACUGGAAUAAGCUGGGUAUCUUGGACAUGUUUCUAGGAUGCAUUGCCAAAGCACUCACUGUACAGCUAAAAGCCAAAGGAACCACCAUCACAGGAACAGCUGGUACCACUGUGGGCAAAGGAGUUACAACAGUUACUCUUCCAAUGAUUUUCAAUUCCAGUUAUCUCCGACGAGGGGAAAGUCAUUGGUGGAUGAAGGGCUCAACCCCUACCCAGAUCUCCGAGAUCAUCAUUAAACUUAUCAAGGAUAUGGCAGCAGGUCAUCUGUCAGAAGCUUGGUCCCGAGUGACAAAAAAUGCUAUUGCAGAAACCAUCAUUGCCUUGACCAAGAUGGAAGAAGAAUUUAGGUCUCCAGUGAGAUGUAUUGCAACAACUAGACUCUGGCUUGCUCUCGCAUCCCUGUGUGUUCUUGAUCAGGACCACGUAGAUCGUCUCUCCUCGGGGAGAUGGAUGGGAAAGGAUGGACAACAAAAACAAAUGCCUAUGUGUGAUAACCAUGAUGAUGGUGAAACAGCAGCAAUCAUUUUAUGCAAUGUCUGUGGAAAUUUAUGUACAGACUGUGACCGAUUCCUUCACCUUCAUCGAAGAACCAAAACUCAUCAAAGACAGGUCUUCAAAGAAGAAGAAGAAGCUAUAAAGGUUGACCUUCAUGAAGGUUGUGGUAGAACCAAAUUGUUCUGGUUGAUGGCACUAGCAGAUUCUAAAACAAUGAAGGCAAUGGUGGAAUUCCGAGAACACACAGGCAAACCCACCACAAGUAGCUCAGAAGCAUGUCGCUUCUGUGGUUCCAGGAGUGGAACAGAGUUAUCUGCUGUUGGCAGUGUUUGUUCUGAUGCAGAUUGCCAGGAAUAUGCCAAGAUAGCCUGUAGUAAGACGCAUCCUUGUGGCCAUCCAUGCGGGGGUGUUAAAAACGAAGAGCACUGUCUGCCCUGUCUACACGGCUGUGACAAAAGUGCCACAAGCCUGAAGCAAGACGCCGAUGACAUGUGUAUGAUAUGUUUCACCGAAGCACUGUCAGCAGCACCAGCCAUUCAGCUGGAUUGUAGUCACGUAUUCCACUUACAGUGCUGUCGGCGAGUUUUAGAAAAUCGAUGGCUUGGCCCAAGGAUAACAUUUGGAUUUAUAUCUUGUCCCAUUUGUAAGAACAAAAUUAAUCACAUAGUACUAAAAGACCUACUUGAUCCAAUAAAAGAACUCUAUGAGGAUGUCAGAAGAAAAGCCUUAAUGAGAUUGGAAUAUGAAGGUCUGCAUAAGAGUGAAGCUAUCACAACUCCUGGUGUGAGGUUUUAUAAUGACCCAGCUGGCUAUGCAAUGAAUCGAUACGCAUAUUAUGUCUGCUACAAAUGCAGAAAGGCGUAUUUUGGUGGUGAAGCUCGCUGUGAUGCUGAGGCUGGACAGGGAGAUGAUUAUGAUCCCAGAGAGCUCAUUUGUGGUGCCUGUUCUGAUGUUUCCAGGGCUCAGAUGUGUCCCAAACAUGGCACAGACUUUUUGGAAUAUAAAUGUCGCUACUGCUGUUCAGUGGCUGUCUUUUUCUGUUUUGGAACAACACAUUUUUGUAAUGCUUGUCAUGAUGAUUUUCAAAGAAUGACUAGCAUUCCUAAGGAAGAACUACCACACUGUCCUGCAGUGACAGAAACUCAAUUCAAAGUAGCCUAAAGAAGCAGGAGGAAUUCCUUGAUCCUUGUAAGCGUAUGACUUUCUGGGUGGAGUAGGAAGCAAGCUGAUCAUCGUGAGUGAGGAGUUAGCUCUGACGGAGCAGAUCUCUUGGGGAGUGAGAAUGCAGUCUACUAAGGAUUCGUGAAAAGAUGGCUGUUCCGCACUAAAAAGUCAUAUGAAGUUCAAUAUUACAGAACCAUUUAAAAGGAUUCAGUGGUUUUUUUUUUUUUUUAAUGAAGCCUGGAACCAUUGCCAUAGAAUGAACAAAUGAUUUAAUCUAGAAUGGCUGGGAAUCAGCAGUGUAGUGAGCAUCAGUAAGUCAAGGGAAUUAAAGAAACCACUCAGAAUACAGGAAAAAUGAUUGUCUAUGAAAAGCAGGCUGAGGGGAAAGAAGUAUGAAACCAAACAGAAGCUAAAAAUACUGGAAGAGGACAGGAGGCUGCUGGCAGCAGUGAGGUGGAAUACCAGGCUUCACGGAAGUGAAAGAAGUGGAAAGAGAGGUCCAUGCGACCAUAGGAGAGAAUUUUACAUAUGAUGUAUCUGAAAUUAGUGAAAAUACAUGCACACGUACAUACAACACAAUAUACCAUGUUGUCAAAGCUGGAAAACAUAUACUGCCAUCUGUUGCUUAUCAGAGUGCAAGUGACAGACCUCUCUGGAAAACAGCUUGAUAGUGCCUCUCAGAAUUACCAGUGUAUCAACCCUUCAGCACUCCCUCUUCAGGGAUAUAGCUACAAAUGUGAGGACAAUAUAAAGGGGCAAAUAAACAAGGUUAUUAACUACAGCAUUGCUGUGAUAAUAAAAAUGUAUAAACAAUGCUAGUAUCCAGUAGGGUAGUGGCUAAUACUAUGCAUCAAUAAAAAAAAAAAAAAGAUGGCGUUUCUGUGUGCUGAUUUGGAAAGAUAUAUAGGAGAUAGUAGCAGAUGAAAAAAG